AUGGUCUCCGAUGCUUUUGCUCACAAGCCUUUAAAAAAACUCUAUCUUUUCGAUGUAGACAACACCUUAACUCCUGCACGUCACCCUAGAAGUUUGACACCAGAGUUGCAACAAACAUUGUGCGCCCUUCGGGAGAAGGUUGCGAUUGGGUUCUUAGGAGGCUCGGAUUUUACUAAAAUUACCGAGCAACUUCAAACUGGUGAUGAAGUCGUUCUAGAUCAAUUCGACUAUGGAUUCGCUGAGAAUGGACUUAUUGCGUACAAGCUUGGAAAGCAGCUUCCAUCUCAAUCCUUCAUCGAAUUCAUUGGGGAAGAGCGCUACCAACUCAUGGUGAACUUUAUUCUUCACUAUAUCGCUGAUCUCGAUAUCCCUAUCAAGAGGGGCACUUUUGUAGAGUUCCGUCGUGGUAUGAUAAACGUCAGCCCUAUUGGACGUAAUGCAUCCCUACAAGAACGGAAGGAUUUCGAAAUUCUUGACAAUAAGAAGGGCUAUCGCAAAGCCAUGAUUGAAGCCUUGAAAACCAAGUUCCCUGAUUAUGGUCUGACCUAUUCAAUCGGAGGACAGCUUUCUUUCGACAUAUUUCCCAUCGGAUGGGACAAGACAUUUGCCCUCAGUCAUGUCGAAGAUGAGAAUUUUGAAGAGAUUCAUUUCUUUGGGGACAAGACACACAAGGCGAGUUUCGUUGGAUUCUCUUCAGUUGCUCUUUCGGAAAUUGAUCAUUUGUGCUUGUUGGAAGGGAGGGAAUGA